AGCCUUUCUCUUGCUUGCCCCGUAUUACUUAAACUAAACAACGCAACCUCAUACUCCGUACUCCUCUAGGAUUCCCCUUGUUUUUUUUUCUUUUUAUAGCAUAAACCGCCGCACCACCACCGGCCAGGCGGCCACUAUUAACCCCGUUUUCUCAACCCUCCCAGAGUCCGAUCCAAAAGACCUGCAUUCUAAACAGUGACUCUGAGAUGGAGGAGAGUGAUGGGCUGAGGAAGAGUAAGAAGAGGAAGAUCGCUGAUGAAGAUAUUGCCGAGUACAUGGCAAAGAAAGCCCAGAGAAAAUUGAGGAAGGCGGCAGAAAAGCUGAAAGCAAAACAUAAGCUCUCCGGGUACUCAAAUGAUUCAAACCCAUUUGGAGAUUCAAAUCUAAAUGACGCGUUCAUCUGGGAAAAGAAAAUCCACAGGGACAUAUCACGAGGCAUUCCUCUCGAGUCAUUCUCACUCGAAUCGGAAAAGGAAAGACGGAAAGAGAGAAUUGCGGAAAUUGAGAAGGUGAAGAAGCGGAGAGAAGAACGCGAGAUCGAAAGGGCUCAGCGUGAAGAAGAAAUGGCUAUGCUUGCAAGAGAGCGAGCUAGAGCUGAGUUUCAAGAUUGGGAGAAGAAAGAAGAAGAAUUCCACUUUGUCCAAAGCAAAACCAGGGCGAAGAUUCGGAUUCAGCAAGGGCGAAUCAAGCCGAUUGAUGUUCUUGCCAUGCAACUCGAUCCUUCGGAUGAUCUUGAUAUUGAAAUCAAUGACCCCUGCACGGUCUUCAAGUGUGUAACAAUGAAGGAAAUUGAAGAGCUUCAAGAGGAUAUCAAAUUGUACCUUGAUUUGGAUAGGGAUACAGAAACACACACACAGUAUUGGGAAGCACUUUCGGCGGUGUGCAAUUGGGAAUUGACAGAGGCAAGGAAAAGGGACGCAAUGGAUCGAGCCAGAUUGCGUGGAGAGCACUUGCCACCAGAAUUUCUGGCUGAAGAGAGGGGUUUGCAUCGUAACGUAGAAAAAGACGUGAAGCUCCAGCUGGAGGGAAAGAGGUAUGAGAAGUUGGAAGCUAUGCAGUCUUGGAUUGAAUCCCGUAUGCGCUCCGGUACAGCCAAAAAUGUUGAAUAUUGGGAAGCUGUUCUCAAGAGACUCCAAAUUUCCAAGGCGAAAUCACGCCUCAAAGAAAUUCACGCAAAACUGCUGCGUAAACGUCUUGAAAAGCCAUCACCUGAGCCAGAAGAUGAUGUGCCAGAAGAAGAAGAUGAUGUGCCAGAAGAAGAAGGAGAAGCAGAUUAUCAUGUUGAAAAUGUUGUUCAAGCAAUAUCUUCAGAGCCCAUGCCUGUUGAAGAAGAUACCAAUGAAGGAGAAGCAGAUGAUGAUGAUGAUGGGUAUGCUGGAUCAUAUUCACCUGUGUUAGUGCACGGUGGCAAAAAAGAAGAAGCAAUUGACCCUGAAGAAGACCGGGCUAUGCUUGAAAAGAAGAGAAUGUCAGUUUUGGGAGAACGUCGCCUUCAGGAUAUGACUCUGAAACCAUCCCAACCUGUAGAAGACUUUGAAAAGCAAGCAUUGAAAGCCAUGGGAGCCAUGGAGGAAGGAGACGCAGUGUUUGGCUCAAAGGAUGAAGUCAAUGUUGAUUCACAUGUGUGCUGGUGGCAUGACAAGUACCGUCCCAGGAAGCCAAAUUACUUCAAUCGCGUACACACCGGGUACGAAUGGAACAAGUACAACCAGACUCAUUAUGAUCAUGACAAUCCACCACCAAAGGUUGUGCAGGGAUACAAGUUCAAUAUAUUCUACCCAGAUCUCGUCGACAAGUCAAAAACUCCAACUUAUGUGAUAGACAAGGAUGGAGACAGUGGGGACACCUGCAUCAUAAGGUUCCACGCGGGCCCACCUUACGAGGACAUAGCCUUCCGGAUUGUCAGCAGAGAAUGGGAAUGCUCUCACAAGAAAGGGUUCAAAAACACAUUCGACGGAGGCAUUCUGCGCUUGUAUUUUAAUCUCAAACGCCAUGGAUACCGUCGGUGAAGGAAAACCACCUUAGCCAUUGCUUCAUUCUGGAAGAAAAAUUCCAUCUUUUGAAGGUGUGCAUUUUCCUGCUGAAUUCUUGUUCAAGCACUAUGUAAUUUUUAGCUUUUGAUUGAUCCAAGGCUCUUUUUUCUUCUUCUUAUUCUCUGAAUAUGUUUCUUUAAUUGGAGCAAGAGGGUGUUUUUAUUUCCUCCCUCUCAAAUUAGAUUACACAGUUACUAUUUAGACUUUUUGAAAUAUUUAUGUAUUUUCAUAUUUCUAUUGGUCAUUUGAUAAAAUAAAAUAUUUUUGCUACCACUUGUUUUUCUCUUUUACAAAUAACAACAAUAAAUUACUUCACUCUAU